UGUGCACAGGCUGUUCAAAAAAAAAAAAACCGGUUAAAGAGUAGCACUUAUCAGCAGAAUGCCACAUUUCACCAUGAAUCAGCUUCACUCUUGCAUCUCCUCGCUUGUGCUGCUUCUGAGCCUCACAGUUUAUAGAUGUACUGCCACGACUAUAUACGGCUUUGAGGGUCAGGACGUCACUCUCCCUUGCAAGUAUGACUCGGGUUAUCAUGGUGUAUGUGAUGUAUGCUGGAUGAAAGGAAGCAUCCCAAGAAAUGGGUGUGGUGAUCAAAUUAUUUACGCUACUGAAAAAGGAGUGGUGAUUCGAAGCAGUGUGAGAUAUCAGCUAUAUGGAAAUCUGCGGAGAGGAGAUGCCACUCUGACUAUCCACAACGCCAGAAAAAGUGACUCAGGAAAAUAUGGCUGCCGAGUCCAUGUCCCCGGAUGGUUCAACGAUAAAAAAUUUGAGGUCAACUUAGCCAUCAGGGAAGCAAAACCACAGACCUCCACUAGGAGAUAUGUAACAACUACGACACACAUUCCUACACAGGCACCUGUUUUAACAACGAAACAUGUGACAACCCCCUUCCCUGAGCAACUGACCACUAAGCCUACAGAACCUGUUUUAACAACGCAGUAUGUGACAACCACCUUCCCUGAGACUACUAAGCCUACAGAAACACUACAGACCAACAGUACCACACUGGGAUAUAUGACUGCUACACCACUCGUUCCUACACAGGGACCUGUUUUAACAACCCAGAAUGGUGUAACCACCACCACUGAGCAUGUGACCACUAAGCAUACAGGACCUGUUUCAACAAUAACAGAUAAGACAACCAGCAGCCCUGUGACCACUAAGCCUGCAGACUCACAAUCGACCUCAUGCUCUCUGGGACACGUAACUACUACAACACACAUUCAUUCACAUGGACCUGAUUCAACAAAGAAACAUGAGACAACCAGCAGCCCAGAGAAUUUGACCACUAAGCCUACAGUUGCAAUCACUGAAAAUGAUCCUGAUCAAUCUCCUAGAAAAAACAAGUCUGUGAAAGACGUCCUUGUAAUCUUGGUGCCAGUUAUACUGAUUUUGCUGGUUUUGGGAACUGCUCUUUUUCUAAUAUCUAAGUAUAACAGAAGACUCAGAUCAACACUAGAAAUAGCCAAGAACUCAUCUGCUUUUGUCAGCUACAGCAACUUGGACAACAGCGUGACCCUGCCAAUGACCAACACACCUAAUAAUUAAACACUGAGAUUAUGACCAGAGAUUAUAUUACAAAUUUACAUCCUAAAGAAUACAGAUAAAUCUAAUUUGUUAUAAAACACUGAAUUUUUUUUUUUAUAUCUUUGUUGAAUUACUCAUUAUUUUAAUAAACCGGUUAUGUAAAAAGGUUCAAGUAACAGGACAUAAAAUGCAGAAUGUUUUUACUUGGUUAGACCAUAGUUAGUGAAGGAUUUGUAAAAAUGUAGAAUUUUGGUAAAUUUAUCAGUUUGUAUUUUAUAGCUAUGACUAUGAUAUAAAUGUGAUAUUAAUAAACUAUGACUAUGAUAAUAAAUGU